UUAACAUCGGUAACAAAACUGGGAUGCGUCGGAAAAAUGAUCGGACUUCACUUCCCGACCUACCUGCUGGUGCAAAAUUUCCACGGUGAAAGCAGCACUUAGAAGCGGCUGCCAUGGCUACCAAUUGAAACACACCAUUUCGCACUAAUGCCUAACGCUUCAAUGCUCGUCUAUUCGAGAAGGAAAAAGCGUAACCGCACGUCGUUUUCAGUUUCCGUCGCGAGUUCGUCUUCGGUUCCGCCGCAGCAAUCCAAUGAGAGGAAGCCUCCAGAUGUGCAGAAUUUAGCUCAAAGGUUUUGGAGAGUGGCUGCGCCGUAUUGGUUCUCUGACGAUAGAGCCGCGGCCAGGUGGCGGCUCGCCACCGUUUUUGCUCUCACCUUAGGAACUUCUGCGAUAAGCGUCGGCUUCAAUUUCCUCGGCCGCGACUUCUUUAACGCCCUCGCCGACAAGGAUCAGGAACGGUUCACCAAGCAGUUAGUGUACUACCUGGCGGCAUUUGCUGGUGGAAUUCCGGUUUUUGUUUUGAGAGAUUAUGCGAAGGAUACUCUUUCUUUGAGAUGGAGAUCUUGGAUGACAAGUUUUUAUAUGGAUCGGUAUAUGAAGAAUCAGAUGUUCUAUAAAAUACAAUCUCAGUCAAUAAUUGAUAAUCCUGACCAGCGGAUUGUUGACGAUUUGAGUGCUUUCACCGGGACAGCUCUUGCAUUUUCCUUGAUGCUGUUCAAUGCUAUCGUGGACUUGAUAUCUUUCAGUAAUAUUUUGUACAGCAUUUAUCCACCGCUUUUUGCUGUACUCCUUGCAUACUCGCUUGGUGGAACAGCUAUCAGUAUGUACCUUGGGAGGGACUUGGUCACUCUGAACUUCCUGCAAGAGAAGAAAGAAGCAGAUUUCAGAUAUGGACUUGUCCGGGUUAGAGAAAAUGCUGAGUCCAUUGCCUUUUAUGGUGGCGAGGAAAACGAGAUCCUAUUACUGCUGAAGCGAUUUAGCAGUGCAUUUGAAAAUCAAAGUAAAUUAUUGUUAUCUUCCAGAAAUCUGGACUUCUUCACUAGUGGUUACCGGUACCUGAUCCAGAUUCUUCCAGCAGCAGUUGUUGCACCUAUGUACUUUUCUGGAAAAAUUGAAUUUGGAGUCAUAAAUCAGUCUGUGUCUGCUUUCAAUCACAUACUUGGAGAUGUUUCACUUAUUAUUUACCAAUUUCAGGCUAUCAGUGCCUUUUCUGCUGUCAUAGAUCGACUAGGUGAAUUUGAUGAUCUUUUAAGUAAGAGUGAGACUAUAACCGUGGCUGACCCUACUGAAGAAAUUGUUCGCGAGUUUUGCAAUAUAAAUGAUUCUUGUGCAUCUAAUGCAUCUAUGCCCCCUGGAAGAGGUCGGGAGUUACUAAUGCUUGAGAAUGUGACUCUUUUGACUCCAAGUAAAGCUACUCUUAUUAGGGACUUGUCUCUGGAGAUCUUUGAGAAAGAACAUCUUCUGAUUACAGGGCCUAGUGGAAGUGGUAAAACUUCGCUACUAAAAGCUAUUGCUGGACUGUGGAGCUUAGGGAAGGGAACAAUAAAAUUCUAUGACAGAAAUGCGAAGGAUUCUUCACCGUGCCUUCCUAUAAAUGUUGCUUCUUCUGAAAUAACUGUAGUGGAUAAGAUGAAGCCUGAGUGGAAUAUACUUGAAAAGAGAAAUGCAAGAGGUGUAUUUUUCCUUCCUCAGAAGCCAUAUAUGGUGUUGGGAACACUUCGUCAACAGUUGCUUUAUCCUACCUGGAGUGAUACCACAACACCCAAUUCAGACAGUGCUAAUUCAAAUGGAAAUAUGGAUGCUAGGGCAGAGAUGCCUUCAACUGAUGAUCUAAUUCAAGUUCUUGAAGAUGUUCGACUUAGCUAUAUAUUAUCACGAUUUAGUCUGGACAGUACAUAUGAGUGGUCUAGUGUUCUCUCCAUUGGUGAGCAGCAACGCCUAGCAUAUGCUCGCUUGUUGCUUUCAAAGCCAAAUUUGGUUUUAUUGGAUGAAUCGACUAGUGCUCUCGAUGAAGCCAAUGAGGCACAUCUGUAUCAGCUAAUUGAAGCUUCAGGGAUCACUUUCGUAAGCAUUGGCCACAGACGGACUCUCUACGAACACCAUAAGAAUGUCUUACACAUAUCCCCGUUGGAACCAGCAGACAGCGGACCGAACUGGCGCUUUGAGCCCCUGAAUAGGGAUCCAAAAAGUAAAACGAAGCUCAAUCAAGUAUGAACAUGACAACCAAAGGCCCCAAGUAAACAAUUCAAACCUCUUGCAAUCUUUCAAAAUGGGGAACCUUAAUUGCAUUUCUAGUUAUGCCAGUAAUACAUGCCCACAUAGAAAUCAUAUCCAGAUUAUUAAAAAAAAGGUGUAGGGGGAAAUGAAAUGAUCCAUGCAUGUGUAUUAGUACUAGUAUUAUAUUUGAAAUUGAGGGUGUGAAAAAAUGUGUAAGUUGGUAUUAGUAUAUUGUUUGGUUGAAGAAUAGAAGUUUCUCAUUACCUGGAGUUUCACUCAUCCCGUGAAACUUAA